AGCGACGGCCUCGGCAAGCAGCGCAGCAAUGAGAGUUUUUUUUCUCAGCGGUUCCCCUUUAAGAGAAUUGUACACCUGGAAACUGGUUGUACCUGGUGACGUAGGGGGCAGGUAAAGACAGGAAGAAGGAAAAGGAGACGAACGUUCGGCAAUUAAUUCCAUGCAGGAAGUGAAAAUCGUGCAAAAACAAAAAAGCAAAAAAUAUAAUAUUCUGUCUGUAGUCCAAAUCUGAGAACUGGGACUAAAGUUCCCCUGAACUUUGAAGAGGAGAUAACAAUUAACUCUAAAAAGGAGACGAUUCUGUAUCAGAGAAUAAAAUCGCAGAAUAAUGUCAGCUUCCGCGGUGUUUGUCCUGGAUCUGAAGGGGAAGCCCCUCAUUUGCAGGAAUUACAAGGGAGACAUUAAUAUGGCCGAGAUAGACCACUUCAUGCCACUGGUGGUGCAGCAGGAGGAGGAAGGAACCGUGUCGCCCCUUCUGACACACGGGAAAGUACACUUCAUGUGGAUCAAACACAGCAACCUGUACCUGGUUGCAUUAAGCAAUAAAAAUGCCAACGCAUCACUGGUCUACUCCUUCCUGUACAAAAUGGUAGAGGUAUUCACAGAGUACUUCAAAGAGCUGGAGGAGGAGAGUAUACGGGAUAACUUUGUCAUUGUGUACGAGCUGCUGGACGAGAUUAUGGAUUUUGGAUUCCCCCAAACUACCGAAAGCAAAAUUCUGCAGGAGUAUAUCACACAGCAAGGGAACAAGCUGGAGACGGCCAAGUCGCGUGUCCCCACUACAGUGACUAAUGCCGUGUCGUGGAGGUCUGAAGGCUUGAAAUACAAGAAGAAUGAGGUCUUCAUAGAUGUGAUUGAGUCUGUAAACCUGCUGGUGAACACGAAUGGCAGUGUGCUGCUCAGUGAGAUCGUGGGCACCGUGAAGCUGAAGGUCUUCCUCUCGGGAAUGCCGGAGCUACGUCUAGGACUUAACGACCGAGUCUUAUUUGAGUUGACAGGACGUAACAAGAACAAGACAGUAGAGCUUGAAGAUGUGAAAUUUCACCAGUGUGUCCGUCUUUCCCGUUUUGAAAAUGAUCGCACAAUUUCUUUUAUCCCUCCCGACGGGGACUUUGAGCUGAUGGCCUACAGGCUGAGCACACAGGUGAAACCAUUGAUCUGGAUUGAAUCAGUGAUUGAGAAAUUCAGCCACAGUCGUCUAGAAAUUAUGGUGAAGGCAAAGGGUCAGUUUAAGAAACAGUCUGUGGCAAAUAAUGUGGAGAUUGCAGUUCCUGUUCCUAGUGAUGCCGAUUCUCCGAAAUUUAAAACCAGCGUGGGGAGCGCCAAAUAUGUGCCGGAGAAAAACGUUGUGAUCUGGACUAUCAAAUCCUUCCCGGGUGGCAAGGAGUACCUGAUGAGGGCCCAUUUCGGCUUACCCAGCGUGGAGACUGAAGAGGUGGAAGGAAGACCCCCAAUCAACGUGAAGUUUGAAAUCCCCUAUUUCACAGUGUCUGGGAUUCAGGUCCGGUAUAUGAAGAUUAUUGAGAAAAGCGGGUACACGGCGCUACCAUGGGUCAGAUACAUAACUCAGAGCGGAGAUUACCAGAUCCGGACAAACUAAAGGAACCCUGAAGCAGAAUGUUUUUGUUGUUUUGUGAAACCCCCUAGUAAUCUUACUCUAAAAUAGAAACGUACCAAAAAUAUAGAUUUCUUCAUACAAAUAGCCAGCCAUAAGGAACAGUAUUAUGGUGCUGUGCUGUGUGCUAUUUAGUUUUAUUCCCCCUUCGUCUUGUCUUCUGCCAUGUUUUGCAUUGUUGGACUAGGUGAUGAUGCCCUGUAUCAAAUGCAUCGCUGGUUUGAUCUCCAGGUUUUCCAGCUGCACCCUGUGGAAGUAUUGCUUUAUGUAAUGUACCUCAAAUAAUAAUGUCAACCGGAGGCUGUCAUCCACAGAACACAUUUUUGCCAGUAAUACAAACCCAUUGUUUCUAACAAUUCACCGACAAACUCUGUUGAUAGGAAUAUGAUAUGAAUGGUCUUUUCUGCUACCUCUUAGUGGCGCAAAAAAAAAAUCCCUACAUUCUCAGUAUCCAUCAGAUGACGUGCUGCAUUCCGUUACGGUAACUUGUAAUAUGAUCUUCCUCCCCAAAAUACAAGGUGUGACAGGCAUUCCUCAUUUGACAUCAACUUUACGGCAUGCUUACAUCAUACCUCCAUUCUAGACCCUGAUCUCAAGUUCCUUUUCGUGUUUUUUGGCCAGUAAAAGGAACUCUGCCCGGUGUUCCGCGCUGUGUUUGUUAUGGCCGUGCUCUGUUAAAGCCACCCCUGCCAUGUUUAGAGCUUUAGAUAACCAUAUACUGUAUUGUUCAGUGGAUGGCAUAUCCUUUAUACAGUUAAGAUGCGUAUCUGAUCAAACACUGUAUGCCCUGGCCAUUUCCAGAAGGAAAUUGGCAUCAGUCUGUAGCUCAGAAACAUAAACCAGUUUAAAUAUGUGUAAACAUCAGACUCGACUUACAUCGUUUUCGGCUUACAUCAACUUUUCCUGGAAAGGACCGUGUCUGUAGGCUGUUACAGCACUGCAAAGAGAGAUUAUAUAUUAAGAAUAUAAAGAAAUGUUAUUCAAAAUUUGCUGUAUGCACUAAUAUAUGUAUUUUGAGACAGUG